UCCCGCAGUGCGUCCUACAUAACGCUCUGGCCACUGGUUACCAUUUGGACGCUUGUUUUUCCCAGUAUACCCAGCUGUGUAUAUUAUUACCUGCUUAUCAAGGCUUUGCAUUGCUGAUAUGGCAAAACAAUUAAUGUCAAGCCCGGGCUUUCAAUCGAUCGAAGACGAGAGAUGAAUCCCAUCGCCGGAGCUUUCAGAUUAGUCGCCCCCUGGGCCUUGGGGGAGGUUACUGGACCUGUGGACCUUUAUGCCUUUUAAUGCCCAUAGGUUUGUCAUAAGCAACCGCGCCGCCACCCGUCUGGAGCACGAUGCGUUGCACACGACGGAAGCGACUUCACCUGAGCCGCGUCCUCUUCCUGCUCAGCGGGGUCUUCCUCUGCACCCUGUACCAGCUGACCAUCAGCGCCCGGCUGUCUGAGCCCUGGCGCCUGCCUCAGACGGGGGAGUACCCCGCGGUUGAGGGCUCCACCCUGGAGGAGGUGGACGAGCGCACCAGCCAGACCCCGGGCAUGGAGGAACCCGCCACGGCGACCACGCCCCUGGAGCUCACCGACCCGACCACACCGGGGUUGCGGCCCGUGACGCAUCGCAUGGCUUUAAACGCCACGACGACCUCCACCGAAGCCCCUCCCAUAGUAACGACCAAUCACAAGGUCGUGCACUGCAUUUACGUGGCGCCAGUGGUGCCAGUGUCGGAGCCGGUGGAGCCGGUGGCCCCAGAGGGGACCCCCAUCGCCACGCCAACGCCCCCUCCGGGGAUCACAACCUCACCCUCUCCCCCUGGUGAAGCCCCCCCGAUGAUGGGGGAGUACCCGCCGGACAUCUUCACCGUGGAGGACCGGAGGAGGGGCUGGGUGCUGCUCCACAUCUUCGGCAUGAUGUACAUGUUCGUUUCCCUCGCCGUCGUGUGCGACGAGUUCUUCGUUCCCGCCCUGGGCGUAAUCACGGACCAGCUGGCCAUCUCGGACGACGUGGCCGGGGCCACCUUCAUGGCCGCCGGGGGCUCGGCCCCUGAGCUCUUCACGUCCCUGAUAGGGGUCUUCAUAGCGCACAGCAACGUGGGCAUCGGCACCAUCGUGGGCUCGGCCGUGUUCAACAUCCUAUUUGUUAUCGGAAUGUGUGCGCUGGUCUCCAAGGAGAUGCUGCAUCUGACCUGGUGGCCCCUCUUCCGGGACGUGUCCUUCUACAUCCUGGGCCUCUUCCUGCUCAUCAUCUUCUUCCUGGACAACUUCAUCAUGUGGUGGGAGAGCGCCACGCUGCUGGCCGGAUACACACUCUACGUGUGCUUCAUGAAGUACAAUGUGGAGCUGGAGCGGGCCUUUAAGUCCCAGCUCCACAAGCAUAAGAACAUUGUUCAGAUCCUUGCAGUGAAGGAGCCUGACAAGGAUCUUGGAGAAGAAGAAGACAAUGUGCCUCCUAUCAAAGAGGGAAAACAAUGGUUGAAGCUGAGACCCUCCCUCCAGCGCGGUGGAAGCUCCGCCUCCCUGCACAACAGCACCAUGAGGAACAGCAUCUUCCAGCUCAUGAUCCACACGCUGGACCCCCUAGGACAGGAUGAAGGAAGCAAGCCUGAGCAACCCAAAGAGCCAGAGCCUGCUCCAGCCAAGGAGACCGAGAAGGCUGAACCGCAGGAAAACAAGAAGGAGGACGUGCCAGCAGGGGACAAGGGCUCGGGCGGGUCACGACACUCUGGCAGCGAUGAGGAUCUCAGCGAUGAGGAGAGUUCGGAGGAAAGCGAUUUGAGCGAAAGCGAGGUCAGCGAAGAGGAGGAGGAAGAGGAGGAAAUGGAGGAGCCUCUGUCCUUAGAGUGGCCGGACAACAGACGAAAGCAAGCUACCUUCCUGUUCCUGCUGCCCAUCGUCUUCCCACUGUGGCUGACCAUUCCUGACGUCCGCGACCCAGCAUACAAAAAAUACUUUGCAAUGACCUUCCUGGCCUCGAUCCUGUGGAUUGGUGUCUUCUCCUACCUCAUGGUUUGGUGGGCCCAUCAGGUGGGUGAAACCAUCGGCAUCUCUGAGGAGAUCAUGGGGCUGACCAUCCUGGCGGCGGGGACCUCCAUCCCUGACCUCAUCACCAGCGUGAUCGUGGCCCGGAAAGGUUUGGGGGACAUGGCUGUCUCAAGCUCAGUGGGCAGCAACAUCUUUGACAUCACUGUGGGUCUCCCAAUCCCCUGGCUCCUGUACUCCAUCACACACGGCUUCGUCCCGGUGAAGGUGAGCAGCAACGGGCUUUUCUGUGCCAUCAUCCUCCUCUUCCUCAUGCUGCUCUUCGUCAUCAUCUCCAUCGCCUGCUGCAAUUGGAAGAUGAACAAGACCCUGGGGGCCACCAUGUUCCUGCUCUACCUGGUGUUCCUCGUGCUCAGCGUGAUGCUGGAGGACCGCAUCAUCACCUGCCCCGUGUCCAUCUGAGGAGGAGGGGGGGGGGGUUGGAGGAG